UCCUCUGCUGCUGAUGCCGGUAACCUUUAAUAACGCAUGAGCUCCAGCAGCAGCCGCCAAGAGGAGUGAGAAGACGAGAGAGAGGCUGGUACCGCUGCUGACACGGGGACACGCUGCAGUCGAUUCUCCCCCCGAACAGCUUCCUAUAGAGGAGAGGCCGAGGCACAGCUCAGAGCGGACUCAGUCAGACACACACUGAGGCAGGUUUACACACGGAGGCUGCAGGAUCACUUCAUACCGGCGAACAGGGGCUGCUCCCUCCUCCACACACCUUCAUGCUGCGGGAUCAAUGCGCGCAGAGACACCGGUGCGUAAAGUUGGUGAUCUGAUCCGCCCCGUCUCCCGCUCCCACUGUCACCGGAGGACCGCUGUGUUGCUGAGGUCCCGGGUCCAGCGUGGAUUUUAGAGCCCGUCAUAGUGUCGUUGUUGGAUGGUAAGGUUUCCAGCGGAGCGCUGCUGGGAGACCUUGGAAGUCUCUCUGUGAACGAGCCACAUGCGUGUGGAUAUGGAUUUGCUUUUACUAUAGCCAAGAUUUGCCGCGGUUUUUUAAAAUAUUCGUUUUUCAUCUUUUGACUGUGUUUUUUGUGUUGGUAUCGGUAGAUUUUUUUUUGACUCUUCAACGACCGCAGAGGUUUCAGGUCUCAUCGUGUGGAAUUACAACCAUGAACUUUGUUGUCAGUUUGGUACAGAUCCUGUUGGCAGCGGUUCUUCACCUUCCCACUGUAAAGACUGCCAGCAUUAACAAGGGAGUGGAGAAGAGUAAAAAUGAAGUCGUCCUUAUCUCUGAAGUCAUCACCAAGAGCAUGUGUCAGCCCAGGGAGGUGCUGGUGGACAUCUUCCAGGAGUAUCCAGAGGACACGGAGCACCACUACGCGCCGUCCUGCGUGGUCCUCAAGCGCUGCGGAGGCUGCUGCAUGGACGAGGCGACGGAGUGCGUUCCCACAGAAACCCGCAACAUCACGUUGCAGGUGAUGCGGUUUAGACCGAUGGUGACGCAACAUACUAUUUAUUUAAGUUUCACAGAGCAUCAGAGCUGUGACUGCAGGAAGAAGCCAGAAGUUCAAGAACUGAACGAAUACCACUGUGCGCCUUGCUCAGAGAGAAGGAAACGCUUGUUUGUGCAGGACCCUCUCACCUGUAAAUGUUCCUGCAAAUUCACACAAUUAGACUGCAAGUCCAGGCAACUUGAGUUAAACGAAAGAACUUGCAGAUGUGACAAACCGCGGAGAUGAGACCAGCAACACUGUUAUGAAGGAAUUCUUUUUUUGGCACAGCACUUUGAAACCUGAGGAUGCAUUCCCUGCAAGGACAAGAGACGACAAAGCAAGACAGGACACUCUGGAUGCAGAUCUUGCCACUGUCAGUUUUCAGCCUGAUGAUAUUAAUAUAUAUGUACAUAUACUAUAAGUACAUCGACAAUGUGUAUUGCUGCUACGUAAAAAAGACACUAUUUAAAGCAAACGAAUACGCCGCUGGCGUGUGAAUGGGAAACCUCUCAGUGGUGUUCCGCUCGAGUGGAACUGAGAGAAGAAAUCUUUUAUUUUAUGUAACACUUCACUGGAUGCUGGUCUGCUGUGGAUAUGAACAUCUUAAAUAUUUCUGAGUAAGAAAAACUGGUGACCACGACUUCAUGGAGCAGUGCAGCAGGAGCCGAAUCCGCCUCUGAAGAGACUGAGGGGGGAGUGCCUGUUGUACUUGAACUGAAUGGCAGGUCCAACGACUGUUUCCUCUGUGACAUGAUGUGAAGUUGUGUCUCCACUGUAUGGACCCGCUUCAGCAGGUGUGAGGACACACCUGAAGUGACUGUGGUCUCGUGCUGUGGUGAUGGAUAAUGUGAAGAUGACUCUCUUCCCUCAGGGAGGGGUUACCUGAUGAAGGCUGGACUACAGAUCAGAUGAUGGUGAAGUAAAAAAGGUCUGAUUCAGUGUUUAAACUGGGUUAGAGUUUGGCCUAUCAGGGUCAAAGGUAACGAUGCCCCGCCUCUUCCUGUUCCAGCCUCCUUCAGGUGACCUCUCCCUGGUCGGGUCUCUCUUUGUGCACAGAGUUUAUUAUUUACACUUUGAGGUAUUGUGUUUCUUUCACAACAUGUAUUGAGACCAGGCUGUCUAAAGGGAUAUUACUGUAGUUUCUACGUAGAAGAAGAAACCAGACGAACUGAUCUCAGAGCAGAUCAGCACCUCACUGUAGAAAUCCACAACCUUCCAGUUUCCUUAUUUAUUGGCUUUGUAUGUGUUCCAAAGAAAUCGUCACGUCCACAACAGAGCAGUUCAUCAUAAACCAUCUGUGUAGAUAUCCCUCUGUCUAGUACACUACAUCUAAUUUAUAGAAUAUGUCCAGUAUUCUGUGUUAUAUAUUUAUAUGCAGUGUUAAUUUUUGUUUUCAGUCUGUCUGGAGACUGAAUGGAGAACACGUAUGACUGUGACUGAAAGACAAAGCUUUGACAUUCCUGAUUUAAACGAAAGCUGUGUUUCACACCAGCCGGAGGGGGAUCAUGGUGGGCCUGUUGACCGAUAGUAACCCCAGCCACCAACAUGUGGGAAUGGAGCGCCCAGCACAGGUGUUUCUCAUUCUGGACUGGGGUGGUGGACAUGUGGUUUUGCACUUGUGGACCCGAAGACACGUCAUACUGAGGACUGAAGGAGUCUCAUAGCCACUGAUCAGCUCGGACCUAAACCAAGUGAAGACUGUCCAAUCAGACUGAGGCCUCUGGUCUGAGGGCGGUGACGUGGCACAGUGUUUCACCAAGGCGCUAACAUCGUGUCACAGUGUUAAACUGUGGUUCAGGAGGAUACAGCACAAAUCAAAACCUGUAACUGUUACCACACGAGGAGAAGACCUGACAUAUUAGAAUGAUGAUGAUGAUGAACAGUGUUGAAGAAACAUCAGACGUUACAAUUAAAAUGCUGAUAUAUAAAUAAGGUCACUAAUA